UCAUAUUUACAAUCCACGAAGCAAACGACCCGUAGGUGCUGAGAUUGACCGUUUGAAGUCGCAACUCAUAAAAGUCGCUCCAACGUCCAACCUCAUCUCCAUUAGCCGCCGCCUCGCUGCUUCUGUUCUGCGUAACUCGACGUAGGCGACAGAAAGAAGACACAGAGAAAAGGAGAGCGAGGGCCGCUGCGCAUAAUCAAAACCGUUGUACGAUUUUUAGGGAAGCGAUGGAGAAGGGAAAGAGCAGGGAAGUGACCGUCUCAGCUCUGCAGUUCGCCUGCACAGAUGACGUCUCCACUAAUGUCGCCACCGCUGAGAGGUUGGUAAGAACGGCUCAUUCAAAGGGUGCAAACAUUAUUCUUAUUCAGGAAUUGUUUGAGGGGUAUUACUUCUGUCAAGCACAAAGUGAAGACCACUUCCAGCGAGCUAAGCCGUAUAAAGAUCACCCUACUAUUCUGAGAAUGCAAAAGCUUGCUAAAGAACUAGGGGUUGUAAUACCGGUUAGCUUCUUUGAAGAGGCCAACAAUGCCCAUUACAAUACCAUAGCCAUAAUUGAUGCUGACGGGACUGACCUUGGGAUCUACAGAAAGUCUCACAUUCCUGAUGGACCAGGUUACCAGGAGAAGUUUUACUUCAAUCCAGGAGAUACUGGCUUCAAGGUUUUCCAAACAAAGUUUGCAAAGAUCGGAGUAGGUAAGCAACUUACUAGUUCCCGCUCACCAACCAGUGCUUGAAAGGAAAGAUUCUUGCUUCUCGUAUGGCACCCAUGAAGAUGUAGCAGCAUCAUUCACUUAUACAGUGUUAAAAUAUAUUUGCCUCCCUCAAGAACUGAACUAUGCAAUCUUUUGUCCCUUUUAUUUCUGUCCUUCAACUGAAUCAUUGGUGAAGACAACUGAAGGAGGUUGGUCCUCCAUUUGUAUGUGAUAUUGCUAGCUAUAUGUUGGGAUCAAUGGUUUCCCGAGGCAGCCCGGGCUAUGGCUCUACAAGGUGCCGAGAUACUGUUCUACCCCACUGCAAUUGGUUCUGAACCUCAAGAUGAUGGGCUUGAUUCUCGUGAUCACUGGAAGAGAGUGAUGCAAGGCCAUGCUGGAGCCAAUUUGGUACCUUUAGUAGCAUCAAACCGCAUUGGAAAGGAAAUAAUAGAGACUGAGCAUGGGAAAAGUGAGAUUACAUUUUACGGGAACUCAUUCAUAGCAGGACCGACCGGAGAAAUAGUUGAAGCUGCCAACGACAAAGAUGAAGCUGUUCUUGUGGCAAAGUUUGAUCUCGAUAAAAUCAAGUCCAAGAGACAUAGUUGGGGAGUAUUCCGUGAUCGGCGUCCAGAUCUAUACAAGGUGCUUCUGACUUUAGAUGGCAGUAACCCAUCUCUGUAAUUUGGUGAUGCUUCAUUAUGAAUUUAUCCUAACUAUUUAUUUCAGAGGUUAUCUCUUACAGUUAAAAGUGUGUAUUUCUAACAUGAAUUGGAGCUUCUGCUCAAUAUAUAAAAUGAAUUGGGCUGGUUGCAUAUGAGCCCCAAAUCUAUUCUAUGGUUUGCUGUAGACCAUCUAUAAUAAAUAAAUAAAAUUCCUAGUUCCAUUGAUAUCUACAUGAUUUCACUGUUUCAGAAGCUAGGAACAUAAGUUUCUUGUGUUAUGUUUUUUGGUCCACAACCACCCGGUAGGUUAGCCCUUGCUGGGAGAUUACUCUGUCCACUGUAUUAUGUAUUAGCCUAAAGCCAAAGUGAAGCAAAAUCGGUCAGGCUGGACAAAUUGCAGCUUUAACCUCCCAUCUUCUCUGCAAGCAUGUAGAAGCUCCUGAGUAGGGAUCCUUACUUCUUUCAGAACAAACCUGCCAUCCUCCCUGUAAGACUUGAAGCAAACCCAAGGCUUGCCGGUCUUUCCUAUGCAGGAAAUGGGUGGAGGGAAAGAAACCCCUCUAUCACCAAAAGACCUCGACGAUCUCCUGUCUUCCCCACCUCUACUUUGAUUCUCCAAUUCUGAAGAAUGCUUUGCUAUGAUGGCUCUUGUUGUUGGUGGUGUUGUUGUUCUCUUCUCAAUCGCUUCUUCUUUUUCUUGAUGUUGCCAUCCUGUCUUCGACGAUAUAUCAUUGUUGUUCAGGUCCUCAAGAUCAGCAGAGCUCUCAGAACCGAGCCCUUCCGUGCACAGCUGCAAGCUGCUGCCGAGCUUCGAACCUGAUAGAGGGUAUGGAUUCUUCAGGUUGCCUGAGAAAGAGGUGUCCUUGAAAUGAAGCUCACCGAAUAGCUCGGUGAAGGAGGAAUGGUCAAUUGGAGGUUUGACCACAGGCUUGAGUUGGUUCCAGGAAGAAGAAAGGGAAUCAAGGAUAGAUGAUGAUGAUGGAGUCUUUUCAGGCAAUGGUUUGUCAAAGAUGUGUUGGAGACUCCCACAGGCAGCCAUGGGUUUGUUUUGGGGGGGAGUUAUAGCUGCUGAAUCUGUGGUUCUUGGUAAUGGAAAUGGAUGAAAGUUUCUAUCUUUCUGCCAGGCUAAUGUUAGUGCUCUUGGGAAGGGUGAGUGGCUUUACAGAAGGAGAGAAAUGAGGGGUGACACGUGAAGUAGGUGUGAAGAGCAAAGUUUGGACAAAAUCAAAAGGAUGAUGCUGUUGUUAACUAGGGAAGGAAGAAUGGGGGGGAGGAUAUAUAAGAGCAGAAGGACCUUCUUUCUGUUGGGGAUUUUUAUUUUUGGGAUUAAAGCAACUAGUUGAGAUAGUAGCAUUAGAGUUUUUCAUGCAGCCUUAAUAUAAUUGCUUCUAAUUUUCGUGACUAGGGUUGAUUUUUGGAGGUGGGCAUUAGGUUUGGGGGAUUUUUAGAG